AUGGCCGCUGAUCAAGAUGAAUUGUAUCGCAAAUGCGCGAGAAAGCUCGAACGGGUUCUUUCUAAGCAGGACUGUGAUCUUCGCAUCUUGGUUGGCCAUUCCAACAUGCUUUCGAGUCUCACACCAGAAUUUACCGUGGAAGACGGCUAUGAAGAUGAUGAACUUCAAGACCCCAAGGCGGACAUUAACAAAUGCAACUGUGGGGCGGAGAGUGAUGUUCUAGCAUGUUCAGGGCACAUUCAAGCUCUCCUCCCUAUGCUCUACGAGGUUUCUGUCACUGAGAAAGAACUUUCCUUGGAAGAAAGCGAGGAUUCCUGUCAAGAACAGCAAUAUGUCAUUGAAAAAUCUCGUAUUGCUAUGCAUCCAGCCUUGCAAUUUCGCCCCAGGGACCCUGGGCCCUUUUACGAAUGA